CGUUCAUCCCUGUUGAUGGCGAUCUUCCUCCUGUUCCUCCACCACACAGAACCCAGAAAAGUCCCAACCAUAUUUCUGAGCAAAUCCAGGCAAAUGGUCAGAACAGGGGAAGCAUUUGAGGUGACAUGCACAGUAACGGAUGUGUUUAUUACUGUACUAAAGGCCGGCUGGUUGGACGCCAAGGAUAUGGUGGUCACCGAGUAUUCCAACCUGUCUCCCACCAUCUUCACUUCUAAUUUGACCCUUAGGGGGCACAGGGUUUCCUUCAAUGGAUCCAGAACCUUCAUCUGUCAAGCAGAAAACUCUUUUGGCCAAGUGAAUGCCACAUUCAUCUUAGAUGUGAUAGAAACAGGAUACAUCAACCUAACUGUCCAGAGCAACACAACACUCAGCGUCCAUGCUGGAGACAACCUCAUCCUUACGGUCUAUAUUGAGGCAUAUCCUCGGCCAGAGGAAGGAUAUUGGACUCACUUGAAUGAAACACUUUGGAACACUUUGGAGCAUUAUGUUGAGAUGAGAGACAAAGGCAAUAACAGGUACGUGAGUGAGCUGCAUCUGAUUGGUGUAACAGCAACAGAGAAAGGCCUCUAUACCUUCUGGACUUCUAACUCCGAUGCUUCUGCCUCCAUCAACUUCUGCCUCCAAGUAAAAACUGGGCCUCAAAUCCUCACUGCUAAGAGAACCAGCAAGGGCACCUUACAGUGUGUGGCAACCGGGUUCCCUGUACCCACUAUUCACUGGUAUUAUUGCACCGAAAAUGAACACAGCUGCAACGAAUUUCCACCAAUUUCAUCUGUCCAUGAAACAUUGAGCCCAGAGGAUUCACCCCUCCAGCAGGGAGUAGUGGAAAGUUUUGUAGAUAUCAGUCAUGUCAAGAGCAAUGGCACGGUGCAGUGUAUUGCCUCCAACGAGGUGGAAAAUGUUUCUGAAGUAUUCAUUGUCGCCUUUAAAGGGGAAGGUAGUGCCCACCCUGUGUUCACCCCCUGGUUGAUUGGAUGUAUAGUAGCGGCUGGAUCCAUGUGCAUUGCUGUUCUGGUGUAUAAAUAUUUGAGGAAUCUAAAGAAUGUGAUUCCACUGGAGGCUGUGGAAGAAACCAACAGAAACAUCUAUAAUCCUACUGACACAAAUCAGCUUCCUUAUGAUAACAAAUGGGAGUUCCCCAGAGGCAAGCUCUGCUUUGGUAAAACUCUUGGUGCCGGAUCAUAUGGGAAAGUAGUUGAAGCAGUUGCACAUGGCCUCCACGCAGAAGGCAGCAUGGUUACAGUCGCAGUUAAAAUGGCCAAGGUCAAUGCCAGUGCCCCAGAGAGAGAGGCCCUCAUGUCGGAACUUAAAAUAUUAAUGUAUCUUGGUCAUCAUAAGAACAUUGUCAGCCUUCUAGGAGCCUGCACAAUUGGAGGUCCUACAUUGCUCAUUAUGGAAUUCUGCUGUCAUGGAGACCUGUCCAACUAUCUGAAGAGAACGCGCAAUUCUUUCAUAGGUCCAAAAUUUAAGUCAGAGCCAGCACUCCUUAAUGCAAGAGAUAUAGACUGUGAUGGAGUAAUGGACCAAUACAUGAAUAUGAAGCCAAUUGGGACUCCUCUUGUGCCCAGCAGGACUGGCAGACAGACAUCAGGUCCAUCUGGGUAUCAGGAUGCGUCACAGGAGGAGGAUUUGCCUUUGGGCACAGAGGAUCUGAUAAACUUCUCCUAUCAAGUUGCUCAGGGGAUGGAAUUCUUGGCCUCCAAAAAGUGCAUCCACCGGGACCUGGCAGCAAGAAACAUCCUCCUCACCCAUGACCGAGUAACCAAAAUCUGUGAUUUUGGACUUGCACGAACCAUCCGGCACAACUCUGGUUAUGUGCUGCAGGGAAAUGCACAUCUUGCAGUCAAGUGGAUGGCUCCUGAGAGCAUGUUUGAGGGGGUCUAUACAUUCGAGAGUGAUGUGUGGUCCUAUGGGAUUCUUCUCUGGGAGAUCUUCUCACUAGGAGGCAUCCCACUCACUGAGAUCCCAAUGGACUCCCGGUUCUGUACGAUGAUCAAGAAUGGCUAUCGAAUGGCGCGCCCAGAAUUUGCUCCUCUUGUAAUGUAUGAUCUCAUGAGACAGUGCUGGAAUAUCAACCCAUUGGAGCGACCGCCCUUUCAUGAAAUUGUUCCAUUGGUGGAACAGCAGCUCCUGGGCUGCAGGACAAAAGUGUCUCCUCAGAUUGGAAGUCACUUCCCCCUGCACCGCACAGUAAGGAUCAACCUCAUGACGAGUUGCACUUCUUUGUGACUAGUGUUAGGGAACUGAACACCCCUAUACACAAGAACUCAUGGUGAGGGAUGUCACCUUCUUCCCAUGAAUUGACUGGCAAUGUAAUGGGUCAGUGAUACCAUCACCACAAAGAGUCAUUGGGUUACCUGAGAGGAACGACUAACUGUUAUUUGGUUAUUCAGCAGUUCUGAAGACCUGAGAAACCCAUCACAUGCUUUCAUGGCAUUAGAAGGUUCAACAAUGUCUCAGGUUACAAAGUAUAUCUGAAAGUUUAUAUUUUUGUUUCAUUAUUUUAUAUAAUUUUACAAAGUUUGAGUUCAAUGCAAUUCUAUGUUUUGAUCAGCAAGGUUCUGAUACUGGGGAAAGAUCUAAAAUAGUUCUUACACUUUACUGGAGCCAGGUAGUUUGGGUGCUAUUAGGAAACAUUUGCAAAUAACUGGACCGGGAUACCUUGCAUCAGUUAUGUGACUGUUUGAAUUGUUUAAAACUAAUAAAUCUUUUAGGUUUCA